AGAAUGAACCAUAAAAGUAAGAAGCGGAUCAAAGAGGCGAAGCGGAGCGCCAGACCCGAGCUGAAGGACUCGGGCGACUGGACCAAACACAACUACUGCGAGAACUUCGAUCUGUCGCACCGGACAGUGAAGGACAACGUGGAGCGGGUGGACGCCCAGCGCCUCAGCCCCGAGGAGUUCAUUCAGCGCUUUGAGAAACCGUACAAGCCCGUGGUUCUGCUCAACUGCCAGGACUCGUGGCCGGCCCGGGAGAAGUGGACCUUGGAGCGCCUCAAGCGCAAAUACCGCAACCAGAAGUUCAAGUGCGGCGAGGACAACGAUGGCUACUCGGUCAAGAUGAAGAUGAAGUACUACGUGGAGUAUUUGGAGUCGACCCACGACGACAGCCCCCUCUACAUCUUCGAUAGCAGUUUUGGGGAACACGCCAAGCGCCGCAAGCUUUUGGAGGACUACCAGGUGCCCGUUUUCUUCAGGGACGACCUCUUUCAGUUCGCGGGGGAGAAGCGGCGUCCUCCGUACAGGUGGUUCGUGAUGGGUCCUUCCCGCUCCGGGACGGGCAUCCACAUCGAUCCCCUCGGGACGAGCGCGUGGAACGCCCUGGUGCAGGGCCACAAGCGCUGGUGCCUGUUCCCCACCCACACGCCCCGCGAGCUCAUCAAGGUGACGCGAGAGGACGGGGGGAACCAGCAGGACGAGGCCAUCACCUGGUUCAACGUCAUCUACCCCCGCACGCAGCAGCCCACCUGGCCGGCCGAGUUCAGGCCGCUGGAGAUCCUUCAGCACCCCGGGGAGACUGUGUUUGUGCCCGGUGGAUGGUGGCACGUCGUCCUUAAUCUGGACACGGCUAUUGCGGUGACCCAGAACUUUGCGAGCACCACUAACUUCCCCAUCGUGUGGCACAAGACCGUGCGAGGUCGCCCCAAACUCUCCAGGAAGUGGUACCGGAUCCUGAAACAGGAGAGGCCUGAUAUUGCUGCUCUGGCGGACAAAGUCGAUCUGCAGGAAUCAACGGGCAUCGCCUCGGACAGCUCUAGUGACUCGUCGUCCUCUUCCUCCUCCAGCUCCUCCGACUCGGAUUCAGAGGCUGACUCGGGCUCUGAGGGCGACGCCAUGACCCACCGCCGAAAGAAGAGGAGAACCUGCGGCGUGAUGGGCAACGGCGACAUCACGAGCCAGGACGACUGCGCGAGCAAAGAGCGCAGCUCGUCUCGGUGACGUCCCGCUCGACGACAGAGGGGCCGGAGCUACGACCGUCUCCUAGAGCGUGACGCGCUCUCUCUCUGUCUGUCGCCCUCAGGAGAGACUCCUGUCCACUAGAUAAGAGGCUGCCGCUGGCCGCGUGAUAACAAACUCAGCCCUAGUGCGCUUUCACAGAUAAACACGAACUAAAUAGCCAAAUAUGUGCUUGCUGGAGGAGCGCUGUGUGUGAAGGGAAACCCUUCGUGCGUUGCCUUUCCUGAUGUCAGGCUCUGGACGGGAAGCUUGACGUCUCCUCCUGUCCCGGUGCCAACCUCGUACGUCCGCGUGCGAUUCAGAACGGAUGCCGUUUUUUAAUAUUUCACAGGGGUCACGUGCUGGCCUGUGAGGGACGUGUCGUGACCCGUCUGGGGCAGCGCGGUCGACCUGACGUGCAAUGCUGCCUUUAGCUCUUUGUUUCUAGAAAACAGAUUAUUUUAUUACCGAUUCUACUUCAUUCUUGAGCUGCACUUAAACAUGGGUUUCUUGUUUUUAGCCCAUUGUACUUAUAACUGUUAAACAGCAGUGAUUUGUGGUCCCUUUUCUUCUACGUAAGAAGUUUUAUUUAAUGUCUCGAACUUUCAGUUAUCCUUUAUAGAGCACCGCACGACAUGGGGUACAUAUAAUAUAAUAUAUAAAUGAAGAGUUCAGAUGCAAAGUCGAUUAAUCAAUAAAUUCAGUAGUUUCACUUUUUGGGGGAAUUAGUAGGUUCUCAUUAAGGUUGCCAUUAAAUAUGGGAAUGGCAGAUGAAACUAAACUCUUCAUAUAAAUAUUAAGAGGUAAUUUUUUUUUUUUUUUCAAAAAUAAUGUUUUUUUUUGUGUGCGUUCCAAUUCAGUUUGAUUAGAAGUAACUAAAAGAAUAUAAAAAUUAAAUAUAAAAAAAAAAACACGAUUUUUGAAAAUGUAAAAAAACGUUACCUGUAGCACCAUCUAUUGUUUGCACGAAUCAACAGCUGACUCCCACGACCCCGUUGUCUCCCUCCUUUGCCUUUAAUUCGUUACCUCGUUUUAGUAAAUUGCGGUCGAUUGUACUAACUUGUUCCCGUCUUUUCGAUUUUAAACUAAACGGUUGUCGUCAGUUUGCUGAAAUCGGGGAACGAGCUCUAAAUUUGUGCAGAUGGUAAAUAUUUUGUCUGCGUGUGAAGCUCUGUGUUGCCUAAAUAACACUGCGGUGGAGCCAAAAGCAGCUACGCACCUUUCUUCAGUUGAAACUACUGUGAAUGCGCAGAAUGUCCGGAGCGCCUGAACUCUCUUUUCGUCUUUUUAGCAGUGAAUUCAACGGUUCAUUUAGCUCCGUGGGCUGGAUAAACGAGGUGUCUUUCGUAACCCUUCUGCGCAAGUGAAAACUAGGAGGCACUUUUUUUUAUUAUACAGCGCACAAAAGUCACGAAAAUUCACGUUUCCUCUUCAAAAUGCCUAUAAUGUCUUAAAACGUACGUUUUCAAUUCUUUUUUUUUUUUUUUUUUUUUUUAACAAGGAAAUAUCUCCCCGUCUUGACCUGAACGCUUCAGAGCUUCUGUCGAUCAAUGAUGGGUUGUGCUUUCUUCCUGUACGAGUCGAGGAGAAACGUGUUUAAAAAAAAAAAAAAGUGCCUAUUUUUUACCUGGUGUUGGUCUUUCAGGUCGCUCAUAUUUCACAUCUCGUAUCAUUUCUCGGAGCCGUGGUUUUGAAUUGCAAACGUUAGUGUUUUAAUGAAUGGCCUGUGCUCUUGGCUGCAGCCGCUCUCUCGCGUCGCUCCAGAUCUUCAGUGUUUCUUUGGAGAGAGGGUGGUCUGUUCUUUUUUCAGCUCCUCAUGUUCGUGUUCAGCGCUGGCUCUGUCAUGUGACACUUUGAUGUUGCUCGGAUCAAAACAAAAUUAAUAACGAUAAUGGUUUAAUAAAGGUUUCUAUGUAUUUA